GCACACAACCCCUGAAGGCGUGUCAGAACGGAGGAUUUGUCAUACAUACCUGUGAUUGUCAUUGUCCUAGAGGGCUAACUGGAACACUGUGUGAAACACCUGUAACUGAUCCAGCUUGUGGUGGGACAAUAACCCUUGCAGAAGGAGAAACACAGACAUUGACAACGAUUAAUUUCAACAAUGGAGGCCCAUAUCCCACGGGCAGAGACUGUGUCUGGGUAGUGAAGGGUCCGGCUGGAAAAAAUGUCCAAAUGACCAUAAAGGAGAUGGAUUUAACAACGCAAAAUGGAGCGUGUAGCCACUGGUUAGAGAUACAGUAUAACCUGCUAGGACAGACAGGACCAAGACGCUGUGGAACAGUAGCUAAUGAGGUUUAUGUAAAGUCCGACAACGGCGACCCCACAACAAUGUUACUGAAAUUUGACAGUACUUUCGCUUCUUCUGCAUCAGCUGGCAAAGGAUUUUCUCUGGAAGUGACAAGCGUUAGUCUGCCCUGCAAAACACAACCUUGUAAGCAUGGGACGUGUCAUGGAGUCGGUGACACUUAUUCCUGCACCUGUGAUCCCAAUUACACUGGACAAAAUUGUGAUACCCUAACUGAUUAUGGAACCAUUUCCUGUGGAUUUGAAGCUGGCGAGACCUGUUACUUUGAAAAUCCAACCUCGUUUUCCUUUUACUGGACAACAAGAACGGUCUAA